AAAUUUUCAGCGACUAUGCAAGAAAUAUAUGAUUUAUUAAAAGAUUUUGAACUGAAGUACUGCUAUGUGGACAAAAAUAAAAGAACAGCUUUUGUUACUUUACUGAAUGGAGAGCAAGCUCAGAAUGCAAUACGCCUGUUUCACCAACAUUCUCUUCGAGGGAAAGAAAUAUCAGUACAGCUUCAGCCAACUGAUGCUCUGCUCUGCAUUACUAAUUUACCCACUUCCUAUACAUUACAAGAAUUUGAAGAGUUGGUGCGACCCUAUGGCAAUGUUGAGAGACACUUCUUGAUUUAUAGUGAAUUUACUGGCUAUUCCAAAGGCUAUGGUUUUGUCGAAUACAUGAAAAAGGAUUCUGCAGCUAAGGCUAGGUUGGACCUUUUAGGAAAACAAUUAGGUGAAAAUGUCCUCUUUGCCCAGUGGAUGGAUGUUAACCAGUUAACUCCAAAACUGAUACAUUCAAAGUGCCUUUGUGUAGAAAAUCUUCCAGCAGACUAUAGUGAUGCAAAUAAUUUGGUGCAGGCAUUCUCAGCUAAGCAUAAACCUGUCUUCUUUCAGCUUGCUCAUGAAGAAGAUAGCUCUGUUGGUGGCUUUGGAGUCAUUGAGUAUGAAACAGCAGAACAGGCAGAGGAAGUGCAGCAAAUCACAGAUGGUUUAACUAUCAACGACAAGAAUGUACAUGUGUCUUACUGUGCUCCUGGAGCUCCAGGACGCAGUACACUUGCUACACUUAUAGCAGCACAGAGAAUGAUGAAGAACAACAGAAAGGGUUUGCUUCCAGAGCCAAAUGCAGUGCAGAUUAUGAAAAGCUUAAAUACCCCAGCGAUGCUGCAAAUGCUACUGCAACCUCAGUUACAUGGAUGUCUUAACAAACUUGUUGUUGGAGCGCCUAUGACUGUACCCCAUGUUGUAACUCCAUUCAACCCAGCCUUGUUACAUUUGAAUAAAGUUCAUCAGGGACCAGUUCUUGGAAAUGCAUCGAGUUUGGUACUACAGAAUCUCUCCCAACUACAGUUGGCACAACUAGCGAAGACCGAAAAUAUUCAUACUAAUACUAAACCUAGUUUACUUGGAGAGCCUCCAGCAGUUCUGCUUCAGACAAUGUUAGGAAUGGGUACUCUACCACAAGUAACGACAGACAUGGGAAGCCAUGGAGAAGCACGCAAUUUAUCAAAUAGAACUCCGACUCAAACACCGGUUUCAACAGGGAUUGGUAUGCUGCCAUUCUUUCCAAAUCAGCAUGUAGUUGGCCAAGCAAUGCCAAGGCAAAACAGCACACAGGACAAGCUGCCACCUGCAUUGGGACUGACAGAAGGCACGGGCUCUGGGUCACAGACGUAUCUACAGAGUUUAACAAAUGCCACCAUUGGAGGCCUGAGACCAGGACAUAUCAUGCAACAGAGCCAACCAAAGAGCACUGACUCAACCCUGGGGAAUGCUUCAAAAAGCCAGACUUCUCUGCUUGGAGAUCCCCCAAAAGAAAUCCAUCUUAGUACAAAUCCCUACCUGAACUUGGCGAGUGUGCUGCCUUCUGUAUGUCUUUCAGCAAUCACCAACAAGGGCAGUAAUACUAAGCAGCAAUCUGGACUUUCAAAUAGCUCCCUUGACACUGCAGCUGCUCAGGGAACUACUUCACAACAAACAGUGGAAAACUAUUUCAGCUAUUCACCGCAGUAUGGGGAUUACACACAGGAUUCUCUCCAGCAGUGGUAUCAACAGUACGCUCAGGCAUAUCAUACCAUUCAGGCUAGAGUAGGAGAAUUAGAAAAUGAUGGCUCAGAGGAAUCUGAUGGUGCACUUUAUGGUGACUACAGUACCUAUUUACAGGUCAUGCCUUCAUAUUAUACUACAGCCCAAGGAUCCUUUCCUCCAGGCAUCUUGCCACUUACACCUCAAAAUCCAUUGAAGAUGGCACCAAUCAGAAAUGAGAAGCGGGGCUCUUCAUACCUCAUCACCACUCCAGAAGAUAGCCCAGUGGACUACGUUGGCCAACACGCUCAGGGCUCAGGAAUGCAUUAUGCAGAACUGUAUCUUAAAAGAAAACGUGUUUAUUGAGAUCAGUAUCAUACUUGUAGACAAAGCCACUUCAUACUAUUCUUGUCAACCAUUUCUUUCACUUUUAAUAAGUACUGUAGAUAUUUUUUUUUAAAAAAAUCUAUAUAGGAAGUUAAUUUUUCUAAGUAAAUUUAUGUGUAAUAAGCACAGGGGAAUGGCUGUUACUCCCCAAACUAGUUUCUAUUUGCUGGAUGACAGUUACGUUUCUUAAAGAAAUGGCAGCUUUGUGGGUUAAGAAUUUCUAUCAAAGCAAUAAAAAAAUGGGGAGAGAAAAUGUUCUUGUUAUCUUUCUGGGAACUUGCAGUGAUAGUCUUAACAAAACAAUUAUGUUUGUGUGAUUUAAAAAACUUUUCAAGGAUUAAGAUUCUUGGCUGCAAACUAUUCAUGUUUAAUUCUUUCUUUUGAUAUCUGACAAUAGUAAUAUCCCCUUAUUGAUUUUAAUGGGGCUUGCAUGCUGGAUUACAGCCCAGAGAAUGUAUUACUACUUGGAAUACAAGCACUACAGUUCAGUCUAGUUGAAGUUACAAAACAAGUAGCAGCCAUAGCUCUUACAGUGGUAGAAUGUUACAAACAUAUAAUCAAAUAUCUAUUUUAUUAAAUGAACAGAUUACUCAAAUAUAAUGCUGAUAAUAUAUGUCUGUAAGACAACAUUUCUAUGCAAAUGAAGUUGAUACUCAUUUGGUGUUUAUUAAUUUGGCCCACUAUUUUCCUUCCCUUCUAAAUUUAAGAACAGUAUUCAUAAAUUUUUUCAAAGUGUGCAUGAGUUUCUAUUUAGUGUCCAGUCUAAAUAAAUGCUUUGUAAUGAUUUACAUUUAGCUUUUCAGGUUAUAGUUUCUCACAGCCCAUUACUACACACUGUUCUUGGUUUUUGUUGUUGCCACCAACUUGAAAACUGCAUAGCAUUUCAUUCAUUACACUGCUGUGGCAAUUCUUGUUUGCUUCCUGGAGUGAUGCUUUCUGUAUUUGUACUGUAUUUUAGCUAAUGUUGGUUCUUAACUAAUUUCUAACUAGAACUGGUUGCAGAAAACCAUGUUUUUAUCACUGUGAAUCAGUGUAUCUGCAGUGGCCAGUAGAACUUUCACCCCAGACCAAUUACACUCAUGGUUUAAUGGUUCCUGAACUGAAAAAACAGGCCCACUCAAAAGAAAGGCUGGAUGAAAUCUAGCAGAAUUUAUCCAAUUCAAUUAAUGCUUAAGCAUUAAUAAAAUUGAAUUGAAUAGAAUUUAAAAAUACUGUAGUUAUCAUUAUCCCAUCUGAUGGAUUAUAUGGCUUAAUUGUGAUUAGGACGCUGUACUGUAGACUCAUAUUGUUCACAAGUAACAGCUGCCUCUGACACUCAUAAUUAGAGACAUCUUCUGUUACUAUGAUUUGAGUAUUUUAGACUUAUUCCCACUGAAUUUUGUUCUGAACAAUGGACUUCUUGGUAAAUAAACUAGAAAGUGACUUCA